AUGGACAACUUAGCAUUUGAAGUGCAUGAAGAUGCAAAGCAGAAUGUUGUGUCUGUGGGGGAGAUGAACACCAUCUCCCAAAUGGAAAAGAAGAGGCAGUGGUCACUGAUGAGCAUUUUCCUGGUGUGCCUCUUGGCCUGCACCAUUACCACAGCAGUCGGAGUCCUGAUUCUCUCCUUGGUUUAUGUUAACAGCUUCCAGCCUCAUUCAGAACCUGGAGCCCAGCCUCUGCAAAUAGCAGUUCCCGUGGUGCAAAAGGGUGUUGAUCCAAAAUUCCAAUUUCUUAAUCAUUUACCUAAAUCCAAGGUGUUCGAGUUCCCCGGUGGUGCAAUCCAGUGGGCCCGGUACAGGAACAAUGCGAAAGACUACCUCAGCAUUGAAGAGGAGGCCUUUGGCAGCAGCUUGAACAGUCAGAGAUCACAAAUGACUCUGGGGACCCUGAGAAUAAGAAGCAGUGGCCUGCGGGCCCCUCACUGGCACUUCAACGCUAACGAACAUGGCUAUCUUGUACAGGGGAGCGCAUGGAUUGGCGUGGUUGAUGAUGGUGCUGUCGUUACCACGUACAAUGUCACAGCUGGCCAAGUGAUCUUCUUCCCUAAAAACACAGUGCACUGGAUAAAGAAUGUGGGGAGUGAAGACUGCUUUUUCUUGCUCUUCUUUUCUACACAUGACGAACUUCAGACCCUGGAUGUUGAUGAUGUAUUUUUUUCUACCCCUGAGGACAUUGCUUCCAGGUCACUUAAGCCUGAAGGUGGAGUUAAUUUCAUUAGAACCUUCCAUAAGCAAAAAGAGGAUCAGGGGGUCAAUCUUCCUCCCAAUUUGGCAGAACUGGUUGUCAAUGCUAAUUACUCACAGUCUCCAGAUGGCGUUGUGUGGAGAUACUUUUAUGACCUGAAAGGUUCAAAAGAAUAUCGAUUUCCAGGAGGAAUAAUACAAUUGGCACAAUACUGGAAAAAUGGAAGUGGACUAAGCAACAAUGAAAAAAUUUUUAGUGAAUUCCUGAACCAGCAUCAAAAUGCCCUCACUUUGAGUACACUCAGGAUUUAUAACAAUGGAUUACGACAGCCACAUUUUCAUUUUAAUGCAAAUGAAAUGGGAUACGUACUAAGUGGAUGUGCAAAGGUGGGCAUUAUCAAUGCUCAGCGUACCAUAGAGUUUAACAUUCACAUUGGAGAUGUGAUAUUUUUCCCCACUGGAACCCAGCAUUACAUUAAGAGUGCAUGCGAUGAGGAUUUGCUUCUCGUUCUUGCCUUCAGCACUGGAGAUCAGUUGCAAACCCUUGACAUGGACGAUUAUCUCCAGGCCACAGCAGACCACAUCCUGGCUCAGCUUUUCUUCAAGAAGCAAAGUGAGUUUAAGAAGAUCCCUAAACUCAAGGAGGACCAGGCAAUCAACCUGCCUUAA